UGGCUCCGGGCUGACUCUCGCCGGCCUCCGCUGCAGCUCGGACUCGCGGAGGGCGCCUCGCGGCCCCGGCUCCGUCCGCCUCCGGAAGCCGAGCCGGCCCGAGGACGAGCCGAGGUCCGCCGAGCGCGCCCGAGCCCGAAUCCGCCGAACCUCUGUGCCCGCCUCCUCCUGUCCGAAAGCUCCCGAGCGCUGCCGGACGGGCGACUCGGGCUCGGCCGCAGUCGGACGCUCGCUCCUGGGGACGGCGGGAGGAGCGAAGAUGGCGGGAGGGCGCGGCCCGUGGGCUGCCGGGAUCGCGGCGGACCCGGCGGCAAGAUGGCGGCCGCGCGCCCAGGCAGAGGCUUCUCCGCGGGGGUAUCCUGCUGCUGCUCUCUCCUCAGUCCCCCUCCAAGUACUCUCUCACCUCAGCGGGCUGUACUACGCCCUGUACUUCCUAGCCACGCUCCUGAUGAUCAUCUAUAAAGGUCAGGUGUUCAGCUAUCCUUGGCACCGCCUGGUCUUCGACCUGACUCUACUCCUGCUGAUGGGGGUCCUGGAAGCAGUUCGGCUGUGCCUGGGCACACAGGGCAACUUGACAGAGGCUGAGGGGCCCCUGGCUGCCAGCCUGGCCCUCACAGUGGGCAGCGGCCUGCUCUCCAUCCACUUUAUGCUCUGGCAGACCCUGGUGCUCUGGGCGGACGCCAUCCUCAGUGCUGGACUCCUGGUGCUCCACGGCCUGGAGGCUGCCCUUCAGGUGGUGGCCAUUGCGGCCUUCGUCAGGUAGACGUCUGGCUCUGCCGUGCUGCAGCCACCUCCUCCAUACCCUGCCAGGUCCCAGCAGUCUCCCGCCCUGCUGAGCGAGCAGGUGGUGUUUCUCCUACUGAUUUGCCACAGACGGUUCUGGGUAGCACACAAAUGAUUUUUGUUGGGGGUCUGGCAGGGACCAGGGCACAACAAACCUCUGGGGGCCCAGGUGUGAGAACAGCCAUGGGGUGUGAUGCACAGGGACAUCCACUCAGGCCCUGUAAGUGGGGCCACCAGAGGAGGGAGAAGCCCUGCAGAAAAGAGACUGCCAGAGGGCGGCCCUGCAGUGYACCCCAGAGAAGCAGCCUCCACCUCCGAGCUGCAGCCCGUUCCUGUGCUUUCUCACACAAUGGUCCUUGACAUUGCACGCUGCCUGUUCUCUCUGCCACCAGUUCCUCCAGAGCUGCAGGCAGGUGGCCCUGUGUGUGAGUGCCCAUCUGCCUCCCCCCCCCCCUGGGCCUGGGCAGAAUGGUGGGCURGGGUAUCCACAGAGAGCAGAGCAAGUGGGCCAAUCAGCUUCAGAUUCUCACCCCAACACUCUCCCUUCCCUGUGGGCACCUCUGAGGUCCAGGGGAGAGAGGCUGUGGGGACAGUGGCCAGUUCAGAGAGCAGCUCCAGUUGUAGGGUCUCUGAGUGAGCUAGGAGACUUCAGCAACAUAAUGUAGGGUCUGAGCCGAUUUUCCUAGUAGCUUGCCUUCAUCUGUUGCUUUCUGCAUUUGGAAUAAUGUUAUGUUCCAGUGUCUGGCUUUCUCUUCA